AUGGUCAAGGGGACGGUUCCAGAUACGCAUAAACUAUCCAAGAGGUCUAGGGCACAGAAGAGAAGACGAGAUGCGCAGCUCAAUAAGCCCUUCCCGAAGGAUCACAACCCGCAUGAGUGGGUUGACAAGGAGAUUCAUGAGAACUCCUUGAAGUACUUCAAUACGGAUCCUAACAACACGAACUGGGAAGAUAAUCUGAGAGCCAAGAUGAUGGAGCCUAUGCCGUUACAGCCAUGGGUUGAUACGACAAGUCCAAAAACAGAAGAGGAGAUUGUCAAGGAACGAGUCACAGAAGCUCUCAAGGAUUGGCCCUGGAGAGAAAGCAAUAGGCAACCUAUUAUGAUUGGCCCUCAUAUGUUUAAUAACAUGCCUCGAAGCGAAGAUGAUAUUCGACCACCUGUUGAGGCUGGUGAAGGCUGUGAUCAAAAACAAAGUCUCUUCUUCACUAAAAUUGUCGCUCACGCAGAUAUCUUUUCGAUGAUCAUGAAAUUAGUGUGUGCUCAUCAUGAUUCGGCUUGGAAGUUUGGGGCUACUUGCAUUGAAGCUUAUAACCAGAUGGUUUACUCUUUCAUGGUAAGAUAUGUUCAGCUCUUCCCAAAUUUCCUGGAUGGCCUUGGGAUGGAUACCGUCUAUCUGAACAUCCUGGGAUAGACAAUCUUAUCAAGCAUUUCUUUUCAAAUGUCGCCAAAAUUGAAUAUACGCUAACUUUCACGUAGGACUUCUGGGACAUGUCAAAAGGCUGGUUUAACCAAUGCUCCCGCACAAAAGAACUCAAAGACGAAAAUAACAAGGUCUGCAAUCGAUCCGUAUGCCCAGUCCUCAUCGUCUCUGCAACACGUCACCAAAGUCUGAAAAGCCCCAACAAACCACGACCAAGUUACAGAACCCAGUUGAAUAGCAUGUUCAAACUUUGUAAGUGGCUGCCAUCUCCCAUCUCCUAUCUCAAUCUCCCUAAUGGGCAUGAAAAAAAAUAGGCAACGCUGUUCGCAACGUUCAUGAUAACAUCCGAACCCUUCAUUUCCACAACGUGCCAUUUCUCACUGACAGUAUACUUGCUUUGUUGAUCCCGACCAUGCGCAACUUGACCAAUCUUGGUGUUUACAAAUGUCAGCUCUUACAUAUCGGGCAUGCUCUUCCUCUCCUCGGCAUUAUUACUCUCGACCGCCCUAAAGGAAAAGAGCACCAAGUAAACCUCGAUUUCUACCCCAACUUCCACAUCGGUCCCGUCGAAACCGGUAAGCCGUGGGAGAUGGGAGGGUUUGGUGUUACGUGGGACAAUUGGAAUCGAGACUCUCGUCUGGCCAUUUGGCAGCUGGUUUCGCAUAUCUUACCAAGAGCUAGAAGUCAGGGUAUAGAUAUGGAGUCUCCUUGGACUGGGUUCCGAAAGUGGCUUGAUGAUGGCCCUUGUUGGAGGGUUGAGCAGACUUUGAAGGUAAUGAUGGAUCCGAAGGUUGGGCCGAGGGAGUUUGCAGCUCAGGUUGAUGCCGGGAAUAUUUUACAUCAUGGGAGUGUAGAGAUGAUGUUCAAUUAUAAGAGGACUAUUCUAUCGGGUGGCAUGGAAUGGUGAGUUCGCCCCUUCCUUCUCUUUUCUGUUAUUGUGUAUCGAGUAUCUCCAUAUGCAUGAACAUUACGCAAUCUUUCCCGACAAGCUAACAAACGUACACAGGGCUGAAAGUGUCUACGAUUGCGCUCACUGCGGUCCCAAUCUCGGCAUCUUCUUCUUCUACCUUGAGAUCCGAAACCAACGAAUCUUCAGCGAGCAACCUACCUGUCUGGGCUGUCAACUAACCAUGGUCCUAGAUGGAGAAAAAGACCACUUUAAAUUCCAUAAACGCAAAAUUAUCCGAAAUUGGCUUUCUAACAUUCAACUCAACGACGACGGCAGUUCAACUCGCGUAUGGAACUACAACAACCUCGCGCAAGCUAUCGCCGAGUUCCAAAACGAAAAGAAGAAUAAGCGAGGCGGGAAGCUCAAGAAUCCGGAUUCCAACACCAGGAAGAAUAUUAAGGAGUGGGGGACGUCGUUGGAUGAGAUGCGUCAGAAGUGGAUUGAAGAGAAGGAGUGGGAUCGAGAGGUAGAGGAGAGACAAGAGCCAUAUACCAAGGAUGAGAUGGGGAGACGCGGAGAGAAGAUGAGGAGUCCGCGGAUUGGGGAUAAGAAGCAGGAUCCGAUGGUAUUGCCGCCAGAGGAGAGAAAGUGGCAUGCUGUCAGGGCGGAUGAGAGAUAUGCGCAUGGGUAUAUGUGGUGA